GCACAGGAAACAAAGGACCUGUCAACUUCCGGUGGCCAUAUUGCGGUGAUACAGCGAGUUUUGGUGAUUGAGUUUCAACAUGAUUUCUGCUCAGGCUUAUGGAGAAAAUGGGAAGAUGAAGGAGUAUCACUACACAGGUCCGGUGGAGCAUAAAUUCUCUCCUUAUGCCUUCAACGGAGGGACUGUACUGGCGGUGGCCGGUGAGGACUUUGCUAUCGUGGCUUCAGACACACGUUUAAGUGAGGGGUACAGCAUCCACAGCCGAGACUCCCCGAAAUGCUACAAACUGACAGACACUACAGUGCUUGGCUGCAGUGGUUUUCAUGGCGACUGCUUGACGCUAACCAAAAUCAUUGAGGCAAGACUGAAGAUGUACAAGCAUUCGAAUAACAAGAGCAUGACAAGUGGAGCUAUCGCAGCCAUGCUGUCCACCAUUCUGUACGGCAGGCGUUUCUUCCCUUACUAUGUGUACAACAUCAUCGGCGGUCUUGAUGAGGAGGGUCGAGGUGCCGUUUAUAGUUUUGAUCCCGUUGGUUCUUACCAGAGAGACACGUACAAAGCAGGCGGCUCUGCAAGUGCAAUGCUGCAGCCUCUUCUUGACAACCAGAUUGGAUUUAAGAACAUGGAGAACGUGGAGCAGGUUCCCCUGACCCUGGAGAAGGCCGUGCAGCUGGUGAAAGAUGUUUUCAUCUCGGCCGCUGAGAGGGACGUCUACACAGGAGAUGCCCUCAAGAUCUGCAUCGUCACCAAGAAAGGCAUUGAAGAAGAGAUCGUGCCACUCAGGAAAGACUGAGACGUCUUCUCUGCCAUGCCAAAAUUAGCCUGUUUUUGUUUUCCUCCAGUCUGCUGUUCUUUUUGUAUUCCUUCUCAAGAAUAAAUACGUUAACCGUU